UCUGUGUUUUCUCUUUGAUUCUUCUCUGUGUAGAGUGAGUAGAGAGAGUUAUCUAGGGUUUAUAUAGAUUGGAGAAUUUAGCCGCAACAAGGAGGAAGUGUUUUAAUUUUGUUUUAUUUUUAGGAGUUAUUGUUGGUUUAGGGAUUUUGGAAUUUGGGUGUUCUUUUUAAAUGGCUCGGUUGAUAAUUCCUUGUCGAAGUUCCUCUCUGGCGAGGGUCAAUCUUCUGGGUUUGCUCUCUCGUGCUCCUGUUCCUGUUAGAAGCAGUUGUCUUCGUAGUUCGGCAAAGAGAUUUACUCAAUACAGACCGUUUCUUACUUCUGAGGCCAUUAGUUUGAGGAAGAAUCGGUUUAUACCCCAUUCUGUUGAUAGACAUAAGCAAAACAGCAGGAGGCUGAUUUGUUCUGUUGCCACAGAAUCAGUUCCGGAUAAAGCUGAAGAAUCCAAAAUGGAUGCACCAAAAGAAAUAUUUCUCAAGGACUACACAAAGCCUGAUUACUACUUUGAAACUGUGGAUCUGAGCUUCUCUCUAGGUGAAGAGAAAACAAUUGUUAGCUCUAAAAUCAAGGUUUCCCCUCGAAUUAAAGGAUCUUCCGCUGCAUUGGUCUUGGAUGGACAUGACUUGAAGCUACUUUCAGUUAAGGUUGAGGGGAAGCUUCUAAAGGAUGGGGAUUACCAGUUGGACUCUCGUCAUCUCACUCUUCCUUCGCUUCCAGCUGAGGAGUCCUUUGUUUUGGAAAUCGAUACUGAGAUAUACCCCCACAAGAAUACUUCACUUGAGGGGCUUUACAAGUCUUCUGGGAAUUUUUGCACACAGUGCGAAGCAGAAGGUUUCCGCAAAAUUACAUUUUACCAGGAUCGUCCUGACAUAAUGGCAAAGUACACGUGUCGUGUGGAAGCUGACAAGACACUUUAUCCUGUGUUAUUGUCCAAUGGAAACCUCAUUUCUCAAGGAGAUGUAGAGGGUGGUCGGCACUAUGCCUUAUGGGAGGAUCCAUUCAAGAAACCGUGCUAUCUAUUUGCUCUGGUGGCUGGACAGCUAGUGAGCAGAGAUGAUACAUUUACCACACGCUCUGGUAGGCAGGUUUCCCUGAAAAUCUGGACUCCUGCAGAAGAUCUACCAAAGACUGCCCAUGCCAUGUAUUCCUUAAAAGCGGCCAUGAAGUGGGAUGAGGAUGUGUUUGGGCUUGAGUAUGACCUGGAUCUCUUCAACAUUGUUGCUGUUCCAGAUUUUAACAUGGGAGCCAUGGAAAACAAGAGUUUGAAUAUUUUUAAUUCCAAGCUUGUCCUAGCAUCUCCAGAAACUGCAACAGAUGCGGAUUACGCUGCAAUUUUGGGUGUUAUUGGUCAUGAGUACUUUCACAAUUGGACAGGGAACAGGGUGACAUGCCGUGACUGGUUCCAACUCAGUCUAAAGGAAGGACUUACUGUCUUCCGUGACCAGGAGUUUUCAUCUGACAUGGGAAGCCGAACUGUAAAGCGCAUUGCUGAUGUUUCAAAGCUUCGGAUCUAUCAAUUUCCGCAGGAUGCUGGUCCUAUGGCACAUCCUGUUCGCCCACAUUCAUACAUCAAGAUGGACAACUUCUACACAGGCAAGUUUCUGUUCACAAGAAGGAAUUCCAUUAAAACAUUUUAUUAUGCUAAUCUCAGCAUUGUUUUCCAAUCUAACGUUUAUGAAAAGGGAGCUGAGGUCGUCAGGAUGUACAAAACUCUACUAGGAACUCAGGGGUUCCGAAAGGGAAUUGAUCUCUAUUUUGAAAGACAUGAUGAGCAAGCAGUGACUUGUGAAGACUUCUUUGCUGCUAUGCGUGAUGCAAACAAUGCUGAUUUUGCUAAUUUCUUGCAAUGGUACUCUCAAGCUGGAACGCCAGUUGUCAAAGUGGUUUCCUCUUACGAUGCUGAAGCUCGUACUUUCUCUUUAAAAUUCAGUCAGGAGAUACCUCCGACUCCAGGCCAGCCAACAAAAGAACCUACAUUUAUACCAGUGGUUGUUGGUCUUCUGGACUCGAGUGGUAAAGACAUUACACUCUCCUCUGUUCAUCAUGAUGGUACAGUGCAGACCAUUUCAAGCAGCAGCACAAUACUUCGAGUGACUAAGAAAGAAGAAGAAUUUGUGUUUUCUGAUAUAUCAGAAAGACCUGUUCCGUCCCUAUUUAGGGGAUUCAGUGCCCCAGUUCGUGUUGAGACUGAUCUCUCUAAUGAUGACUUGUUCUUCCUCCUAGCUCAUGAUUCAGAUGAAUUCAAUCGGUGGGAGGCCGGUCAAGUUCUGGCGAGGAAGCUGAUGUUGAACUUAGUUUCUGAUUUCCAGCAAAAUAAACCAUUGGUUCUAAACCCAAAAUUUGUGCAAGGUCUCGGCAGUGUUCUUUCUGACUCAAGCUUGGACAAGGAAUUUAUAGCCAAAGCAAUAACACUGCCUGGGGAGGGAGAGAUAAUGGACAUGAUGGCUGUGGCGGAUCCUGAUGCCGUUCAUGCUGUUAGAAAGUUUGUAAGAAAGCAGCUUGCAUCUGAACUUAAAGCUGAGCUUCUAAAGAUAGUCGAGAACAAUAGGAGCACAGAAGCUUAUGUCUUUGACCACCCAAACAUGGCGAGGCGUGCUUUGAAGAACACAGCUCUAGCUUAUCUUGCAUCUCUCGAGGAUCCAGCAUAUAUGGAACUUGCACUGAAUGAAUACAAGAUGGCCACCAAUUUGACCGACCAAUUUGCUGCUUUGGCAGCUCUUUCCCAGAACCCUGGUAAAACCCGUGACGACAUUCUUGCCGACUUCUAUAACAAGUGGCAGGACGAUUACUUGGUUGUUAAUAAAUGGUUCCUCCUUCAAUCAACAUCCGACAUUCCUGGCAAUGUAGAGAAUGUCAAGAAGCUUUUGGAUCACCCAGCUUUCGAUCUGCGCAACCCUAACAAGGUUUACUCGCUUAUUGGAGGGUUCUGCGGUUCCCCAGUGAAUUUCCAUGCCAAGGAUGGAUCAGGUUACAAGUUCUUGGGUGACAUUGUCCUCCAGUUAGACAAAUUGAACCCUCAGGUUGCUUCUCGUAUGGUGUCUGCCUUUUCGAGGUGGAAGCGGUACGAUGAAACCCGUCAAGGUCUAGCCAAGGCACAACUGGAGAUGAUAAUGUCUGCAAAUGGGCUGUCUGAGAAUGUCUUUGAGAUUGCCUCCAAGAGUUUGGCUGCUUGAGGGACACUUUCAGAGAAUCCUUAAAAAACUUGUACUCGAAACUGUUUAGCUACAGAAAAUUAGCAGUGGGAUAUAUUAAAAUGAUCACAGAUUGUUUUGCCUCUGCUUAUGAGUUUUACUAUUACACAAUAAACGCUUGCAUUAUAU